AUGAGCGAUUACAACAUAGAUGCGGAAGAGAGAGGUGUACAUACGGAAACUAGAAAUGGAAAUUCAGAUGAGCCCGAAAGCGAAUACGAAGACGAGGUAUCGUACUUGAUCCUCGACGUAGGAACAGAACUAACAAAUGAAAUGCUACAAUCACUCGACCACAAUCAAGGAUAUUCACUAAUUGGCCUAGACACGGAUACCCCAUAUUUAGAGGUAGCAGGUCAACAAUACAGAGGCGAGCUUGAUGAUCAAGUGGGAACUACGUUGCUAUUUACACAAGAAUUAGAUCCAGACUCGUCCAGAUGCUCAGACCUGAACUAUAUUUGUCACACGAGCAAGAGAAUCAACUUUUCAAGAAUCAUUCUCGAACAUAAAAAACCAGAAGAAAGUACACGCAAUGUUAACUCACAGGAAGAAGCUGAUGAAGGCAGAACGGAUAACGACGAAUCAGAGUGGGAUUUCGAAGACGGCGAUGUGAAUGUUGAUGGCGGCACGGAGAGAGAAAAUCGUAGGCGGGAAAGAGUCGUUAGAAUGGAAGUCGAUGAUGCGAGCGAGAGUGAUGUGUGA